CGACGGUGAGACACUGAUCCAAUAGGCCCACUGUAUUCGGUCGAAACCCAAUUUUCCAAAUUUCCAAACCUAACAGGAUCGAAUUGAAAUUCCAAUUCCAUCAUUAGCCUUGUUAUUUGAAACCCCUGAUUCUUCCGUCCAAGUUCAAUUGUUUGUAAGUUGAGGCGUUCGAAUCAGAGAUCGAUAGCAAUGUCGACCGUGGAGUCUCCGAGCGCUGUUAGAAAAGUGGUUGUUCAUCUGAGAGCUACUGGUGAUGCCCCUAUACUGAAGCAAGCCAAAUUUAAGAUUCUUGGAACUGACAAGUUUGCGAAAGUGAUUGAGUUUCUAAGAAGGCAACUUCACCGGGAUACCUUGUUUGUGUAUGUCAACAGUGCAUUCUCUCCAAACCCAGAUGAAUUGGUGAUUGAUCUCUAUAAUAAUUUUGGUUUUGAUGGUAAACUGGUGGUCAAUUAUGCUUGCUCCAUGGCAUGGGGCUGACACUCAUGUUUCGGCUGACAGUACCUAUUGAUAGUGUGAACACGAAAUUAUUCCUUCCGCACAAGCAAAGGGAGCAUGAGUUGCUGUCCAUUUAAAAAAAAAUUCGGACCAGGGAUGGAUGAAGAUAUUUCAAUACUUUUUUUCUUCUCAUUGUAUAUAUGCUAUGAUUACUCUUGGUUGGGAUGUAACUAUCUGCUUUUGUUACUUUUUCUAUAAAUCUAGAUGUAAAGGCAAAAAAUUGAUAUAUGCUGGUUCAAACAAUUUACCUAUCUUCCGUAUUUGAAUGACAGUGAUUUUGUCGCCCUAAUGCUUUCCCAUCUGUCCAAAAGUCCAAAAGAAGAAGGAAAAAAAUUCCGAUGAUAGAAGGGAUUGACAGAUCCAGCCUGAUCUCGAGACAUAUCAGGUUUGGGACAUAGCACGGGCUUCAUCUUCAUGGCGGUGGCAGAUAACUCAGUGGAGAGUGGAAGUUCUAAGAAAUUGACUUGAAGUUUUGUAGUUUUCCUUUGGUUUGGGAUGUAGGCGAAUUAUUCAGAGCCUAAAUGGGACACGAGCUAAGUGGGAUAGUGGGCAUUAAGAACCGCUGCCUCUCUGUCAGGUGGUGGACUUUAGUAUCCAAUAAUGACAAUCAAUCCUAUCACCUGUAAGCAAUUAAAUCUAAGUGCGCAGGAAUUAUCGACUAGUUUUUACCCUAGUAGUACUGUUCUUCUUAAUAUUGGAAGAGGUUGAAGAGGUCUUUAGUUCAAA